GCGGGCCGUUUGACGCUCACUCUCGUUGCCGCGCUGAACCCGCGCGCCGCGUCGACAAUGCGGUGGUGAGCUGUGCAAGUGACUAGUGUUGUACUCAGACCGUGAUUUUUGUGUAUCCUAUCGAUUCAACAUGAGGUCCUUCGGACUAGCAGCGCUUUUCGCUUUCGCGAUAUUAACAGGAUGUCUUGGGGCGAGGGAGCGUUCCCGGCAGCGAUCGGGGCCGGCUCGCAGCGCUCCCGCCGCAGCCAGCAUCAAGCGGGAGGUGGACUUCGAUUGCCCCGAAGAGUUUGGCUACUAUCCCCACCCCACCGAUUGCACUCUCUACUAUGUGUGUGUAUUCGGUGGCGCUUUGCUGGAGUCAUGCACUGGUGGUCUCAUGUACAGCCACGAGCUCCAAACAUGCGAUUGGCCGCGUAACGUUGGCUGUGAUGCCACCGGUGCAGUCAUCGACAGGGGAGAAGAACUUGAACGACUAAGCGAAAGACAAAGAGAUCCACCUCCGCCGCCGCCCCCGCGACGCACGCCUGCCCCGCCGCCGCCGAGAGCCCAACCUAACCCUGUCAUUACAUCUAGGGGCCAACCUAAAUAUAAUAGACAAGAGUAUGAAAAGCAACAACAGUUGUAUGCAGAAGUAGACGAUUUACCACCCGUUGAGGAAUUGGAAAGCGACAGACAGCAACGGGUUUACCGUGGACAACCAUCCACCAUCGGACAGGUUCAAAAGGAUAGGGAUGGUUAUAGAAGUGAAUCUAUUAGUUCCGGAAGAACACUCAAUUCUAACAUUAUUCCUGCAUCAAUUUCACAAAGUAGUGGCAAAUUUGGAUCGUUUUCAUUCGGGACACAGGUAGAUGACAGAAGAACUGCAACAAUUACUCCAGCUCCUCAAACUUAUAGAGUUGACAGUGACAUUUUUGACUCUUCUCAGGACAGAGACAAAGACAUCGAGACAAAUAAAAUAAGUACUGAUGACAAAAUAACAAAGACACUUGUAAGAAGAAAAAGAGACGUUGAUAGGACACAAACUAAUUUGACAAUUGCAGACAAAAUGUCUGAAAAAAGCGAUAGUGAUGAAGUUAUUGAAUACGUUGACUAUAACAUUGAAACAAAACCAGUAAAAUAUGACAAUGGUGAUGACCAGAUUAUGACCGAUAGAGAUAAAAGACAAGUUCGUUAUAUUUUAAAAAAUGGUUACAAACCUGAAAAACAAUUUUUAAAUUUACCACAUUUUAGUCAAUAUAAUCCUAAUUUACAAAGACCUCGUUACCACAAUACACAAAGCGACAAUUUUAAUACAGGAAGUCGAAAGCCCUAUUCUAUAGAAAGUAAUUUCUUCUCAACUGUAAGUCCCUUUUUAUCCUAUCCAGCCGAAGAUUCACAAUCCCAGAGACCAUUUAAACCGAGUCUACCCGAUCCAUUUAACCAGAAAUUUCGUCAAAAUCCUGUAAACACUCAAGUUAUUACAAAAAGUCCACCCAUUUCGUCGUUGAAUAACAAGGAAAAUCCGUUUUCAUCUUUGUCUGGUGGUUUUUACAAUAAUGCUCCUAAGGGUCAAUACAACAAUAACAAUAAUCAAAAUAACGGCCAAUAUAUUACUCAACCGCGACCAUCUUUUAAUCCUACUAUGGUCACAGAUUCUUUUCAAUUACCAAGUAUAGCGGUUACUAUGAAACCAAUUCAACAUUCCACUUUUUCUCCGAAAUAUCGGCAUCCUUCAAAUCAAGAGCUACUCGUACAUAAUCAACACGUUAACGACGAAAGACAUAAUAAAAAUCAUCAAGAUAAAGACCGCCCACAAAAACCAUCCCAAGAAGAAGAUUAUGAGGACAAUUAUGAAUCAAAUGAAAGUGACGAAACGUCUGAUGAAGAGGAUGAUCAGGAAUUUAAGCAUGAUUUUCCAGAUCCGCCGUACUAUUUCACACACCCCAAGAAUAAAUAUGCUAAUAUAGAGAAUCCCUUCGCUAGGCCAGACUUUGACUUCGAUACAUAUUUAAGUAAAUUACAAAAUGAUCAUUAUUCAGCUUUAGGAGUGACCUCCGCUAAACCUAAUAAUAUUCAACCUAGUAGCUACAAAACCACUAAAAUGCCUUUAGAAGUAACGACCUUACCAUAUAAAAAUUCUAUGAGACAUUCAACUACACUGAAUUAUAAAGGCGUCAAUACCCCUCGUCCCUUCACCGUUACAAAUAUCCCCAAAAGUACUAGCGGCUUUGUUAGCAAUUCCAAAGAAAUCGCACAAUUUUCACAAUUUACAACGAAACCACUUCUAAUAAAACAAACUGAAAAACUUCCACUUAAUGAAAACUUGUACAAUAGGGACAUUCGACCAUCUUCACAACCUGCAGGAAAUAUCCUUCCUAAACUUAAGCCACCUAAUUUCACAGACGAGCGUCAAUUGCCUAUCACAUAUAGUUUUAGUAGACCAAACGAAAGUAAUAAUCGUCCAUAUAAUGUUUCAACAUACCAAAAUAACAAUUUAGUUUCACAAAUUCCACAAAUUUUUAUAACUAGCACUGGAUCGUCUUUUAAUUUCGAUCAAAACGAACGACCACGAAAACCUGAAAAUUUAAACGUACGACCUAUUUCAACUGUUACUCCUUUUACAAUCACAAUACAACCUACUAGGUCUUACAAUUCAGGUAUGAAGCAAUCUACGCCUAAAACUAUAACGACCGCCAAGGAACAGCUGAACACCUUACAACAAUUUUGGAAUAAUCCAGUAAAUGAAAAAUUUGUUGUUCAGUCGACUUAUAGACCAAGCACGGAGUCCUUAUUACACGAUAUACGACCGUUGCAACCUAAUAAAAUGUCAACUAAAUUGCCAUUGAAAUCUUAUACUCUAUAUAGUAGUACACCAAAACCAUUCGUAAGUAGUACAAUUAAAAGUCCCAGUAAACGUAGGCCAAUUCCUAAACCCUCCCCCGAAAUGAAUGAUUACUAUUACGACGACGAAGACGAGCAAUACUAUUACGAGCCAAUUGUUAAACCUAAAUACAUGCCAAGCUCUGAAAUCAAACCACGGCGUCCUGCGAUGGCCCAAAACUAUCAUGAAUAUGAAGACAAUUACGACGAACUUUCGUCGAAUUUAACACAGGGAAGACUUGUAACAAAACGUCCGAUUAAAUAUGCUAUGUACACAACGGAACCGGCACCAAUAAAUCAAAAUGAUAUAUCGGCGGUAUCAAAAUCGCCAUACAGAGAAUCAGAUAAAUAUUCGGUGGGUAAAAUGACAACUUUUCCACCACGAAACCAAACUGUGCCUUUGAGAAAACCGAUACGUAAUCAUAAUGGACCUUCUACAAUGAGUCCUCCAAAAUAUUUAAAUCAGACUACGUUGAGACCAUACACAGUGAGACAUAGAUUAGCUAAGCCUAUGGAUAAAUACAAUAAUUUGGACCAUCAAAAGAAUGCUAGGGAUAGACAUCCAAACAUUGUAGCUCAGAUGCUUACCACACCCCACGACAGCUACAACCAAGAGACUAGACAAACAAAAACUAAGCAUGACGACAAAUCUAACAGCUUGGAACCAACCGAGAGUAUUACCCCGUCAUCUUAUUCGCCAAGUCCACGACCUAAAAUGCUCUACAAUGGAUCACAAAGCUAUAGUCCAGAUCAAUUUGAUCCUUUCUACGCUGUUUACGACGAAGAUGGCGAACUUUACAAAGAUACAGAUUAUGUUCAACAAUAUAACACUGCAUCUAUACGACCUGUAGUGCAGCAAACGUACCGAGGUACUCCUCCGCCGUCUCGCAGACCUGUCGAAACUUAUACAGCCAGACCUGUAUCUUCUGAUGAUUACGACGAUGCCCUUAUUCAAGGACAGAUAAAUACACAAAAUCAAUAUCAACCACCCGUUCGUCAUUCGACAAGGGGCGAAGGUAAUGAAUUGGGCUACGAACAUAACCCGAGCAGCGUGCGGACGACUGUUUAUGAAGCUACUUCUAAGCGCACUCCUCCUACUACGACUAGCACUACCACAACCACGACCACGACUACCACGACUACCACCACAACCACACAACGCCCUACUACUGCACUCUUCACAGAAGCAAUGACUCCGUCUCGAUUUAGUUCAAGAUUAUCUGCAGAUGAACGUCCCGUUACUACCUCGUCCCCGAAUACCUUAAAUACAACCAGUACCACUUAUCCUACUCCUCCACAAGUCAUCAAUUUUUCAUCCCGUGCUAAACCUUUUCGAAAGACUGAUAACUCACGUAGGUUCGAAGACUCUUCGGCGACGACUGAGAGACUGCCGACGCGUAGACUUUCUACUCCGAGGACUAAUAGCAACAGUAAGGAUGAUGUCAAGUUAGUACGGUUAAAUGAUAAUAAAAAAUCGUCUACAUUAACAACAGGAUUUUCUAUCAGAAGAAAUACAAAUAGUAGUAAAAAUGCGUACACUCUAACACUUAUAACCAGACCUUACGACGAUAACCCAACUUCACAAAAGGUGAUUGAUUACGAAGUUCGCCCGAGUGAAAAUGAUUCAAAAAGAUUUUACUAUAGUACUAAUAACGACAACAUUGCAGAGCCAGUCAACGCAAAAGUACUAGUUGAUAGCUAUAACGUUGAAACCACUUCCAUUAAUCCAUCAAAAAGUAGAAAAACUAGGUUGCCCUCCGUCAAAACUAAUGUAAAGGAAAUAAACGAUGACGUCAUAUUGGAACACAGAAACGAAAGGCAUAGAAUAAGAAUAAAUACUACACCUGUUACCGUUGAGAAAACAAAAUAUUACCUUAAAAAUGCUAGACGGCCGGUAACUGUUUCCUCAACCUCAGAAACAUUUAAAGAAUCUACAGAAAAUGCAAUAAAUUACAAUGACCAUAGUAAUGAUGAACCAAUUAUAGCUAAUGACACAGUGCCAUUUCUUACUGAAAAUGUAGACAGUUUAGUGGUUGAAGAUUCUCCUUCAGAAGUUGUUGACGAUAAAAUUGAAGAACCGUUAGUGUCUCCCUACAAAAGUUUAGAUAAUUUAAGGAACUCGUAUGUAGAUGAUUCUAUAAAUGAUUACACUUCUAGUUCGACAUCAACCUCGACGUAUACAACUACACUAAAAGACUUUGAUCAAAUAAAAGGUAGCAUAAACAAAUAUUCGUCGCGGAACCCAUCUUAUUAUAGUUAUAAUUUAAACGACGAAAUUGUACCAGACCAUACAACUGAAGUAUUUAGCGGCAAAGUAAGGAAUGUAAUUCAAGCAUUCUUUAAUAAUUUAGCGUCUAAUUCAAGAAAUACAGAAGAAAUAUUUUCCACAACCACCAAAACCACAACUACACCAGAAAACGUAGUUAAUAUAGGAUAUCAGAAAAAAGUAUCGAAAUAUAUUGAGGAUAAACCAAUUAGAAGUAAUAUAAAAUAUUUGCAAAUUUUAACGGAACCAAGUGUUAGUAGAUUCAUUCCUCCCAGUGUCGCUGCACUUUCUUUUACCGAAUCUUACGACAGUAUCCAAAAAGAUUCAUUAUUAGAUGAUAUUUCUACAGCAUCUUAUAUUACUACUACUCCAGCAUAUCAUAUUAAUCCAGAAACAACAAUUAAAGAAAUAGAAAAUAUUAAAAUAAAUAAGAAACCCAUAGAUUCGAAAUUCCGAAAAAUUGUAUCUAGUUCAUCUCCCUUUGAUAAUUCUCAUAAAUAUAAAGACAUUAUCAAUGGAAGGCAACCCACUAAGGAAAGCGUUUUUUCAACUGUACCAAAUAUCGAUCUUGUUAUGGAAACAACUAAACCUACACUAAUAGACGAAGAACCAAUCUCCACCACAACUGAGACAGAGCAAUAUCAACUUUUACCGGUUCUACCUGAUGUUGCUUCAACGACAAGUACUACUAAAUCGACUACGACCGCAAAACUUGUGACGAAAACGACUACUAAAAGCUUAUCCUUCCCGACACGAGCCUCUCGUGUUAAUCCUGCUAUAAAGUUAGCCGCGGCAAAUCUUGGAGGUGGGCGCAGGAGUUACCAAUCGUCGACCAAUUGCUCAACAGACAACAGUCUGCAAGCCAAUCCAAAAUGCAACGAAAUCAAAUACCAGAGACCUAGCAGCACGCGUGGUCGAGGGUCGGCACAUUACUCCACACUGAGCGGCUCUGAGGCGCCGCAGCAACAAACCAACAGAGGAACACCACCAACCCGCAGUCGCCCGACCCUCAAACCCUCUACAGCAAUCGUUUCCGAAACAAAGUUUGUUGACAUCUACGCGUACCCUGCACGCCGGCCUGCCCCAGUCUACCCCCAGCCCACGCCAGACAAGACCGCCGCCAAGUGCCGCAAAGACGUUUGCCUCUUACCAGACUGCUCUUGCGGUGGCAAAGACAUUCCUGGAAAUUUACCCGUCGAGGAAGUGCCUCAAAUGGUUCUUAUCACAUUCGAUGACGCUGUGAAUGAUUUGAAUAAGAUGUACUACGAAGAGCUUUUCGAAAAUGGACGGGUCAAUCCUAACGGAUGUCCGAUAUCCUCAACUUUCUAUGUAUCUCAUGAGUGGACCGACUAUAGCCAAGUACAAAACCUGUAUGCCGAUGGCCACGAAUUUGCGUCACACACAAUAUCUCACAGUUUUGGAGAACAAUUCUCUCAAAAGAAAUGGAACCGAGAAGUGGGAGGACAAAGGGAAAUUUUGGCGGCUUAUGGUGGGGUGAAAUUGGAAGACAUUCGUGGUAUGCGAGCCCCCUUCCUUUCUGUAGGCGGCAACAAAAUGUUCAAAAUGUUGUACGACUCAAACUUUACUUACGACUCGUCGCUACCAGUGUAUGAAAAUAAACCGCCGAGCUGGCCGUACACUCUUGACUACAAGUUGUUCCAUGACUGUAUGAUUCCGCCUUGCCCCACUAAAUCGUACCCAGGUGUUUGGGAAGUACCCAUGGUGAUGUGGCAGGACCUGAACGGCGGUCGGUGCUCGAUGGGCGACGCGUGCGCCAACCCGCCCGAGGCCGAGGGCGUAUACAAGAUGUUGCUCAAGAACUUCGAUAGACAUUAUACUACGAACAGAGCUCCAUUCGGUCUGUUCUACCACGCGGCGUGGUUCACGCAGCCGCAUCACAAAGAGGGUUUCAUAAUGUUCCUCGAUUACAUCAAUAAGAUGAAGGACGUGUGGAUUGUGACCAACUGGCAGGCGUUGCAAUGGGUUCGCGACCCCACGCCCAUCUCUAGACUCAACAACUUCCAGCCCUUCCAGUGCAACUACCCUGAUCGUCCGAAGAAAUGCAACAACCCAAAGGUUUGCAACCUCUGGCAUAAAUCGGGAGUGAGAUACAUGAGAACGUGCCAACCGUGCCCGGAGAUCUACCCCUGGACAGGCAAGACUGGCAUUAAAUCAUCACGCAUCGACAAUGAAAUCGACGAAUAAUUCAAACGUCGUAGCUUAAUAGAAAAACGAGUACGUCCUUGACAAGUGAUAUAAGUAAAAUAAUAAGCCAACGAGGCAAGGACAUUCUGUUGUAAAUUAUUUGAAAAUAGAAAUUGUUUUUUUAACAGCUACAGAGUGCCAUUUAGAUUUCGGUGGUCACAAAAAUAUUUGAUCCAAAACAAUGUAAUUUGUGUUAUUCGAAAUACAUAAUGGUGUAAACUCGCUCUAUUUUAGCUAACCGUUGUGUUUUGUAUUGGAAACUGUGAUAUUAUGUGUUUUCAAUCAUCCUGUAUACUCAUGUAUCUUUUAUUCUAAUUAACUAUGAAGUUUAAUUUCACAAAAGUUUGUAAAACUUUGCCAAUUUUAUUUCUCUUUUUCUAUAGAUUCUUUGUAUCAGUUUCAUGAAGAUCUGACUGUUCGUACGGAAGCCAUAUUAAAAUUUAGAAAAUAAUUUUCUAAUCUUGCCAGCUUUGUAGUUGACACUGCCUUUUUGAAUUAAAUGUAAAUAUAGUAUUAGUUUAUAUUUAGAGAUAGAAUUAAGUUUCAUAUCUAGAUAACGGCGUGUUGAAUAUAUGAUUAAAUAUAGGUUUACGCUGAUCUAAAGCAAGACAUUUGUAAAUAAAAGGUAAUCCACGCCUUUUACGCUUAAAUCCGUUAAUUUCACACAUAUUACCUUUUAUAUUUAAAUUCAUCCCUAUAAUUUUCGCAAAAUAAAAAUAGAAUUAAAACAUAAAUUAAUGAAAUGACUUAAAGCAAGCGACGUUUGUUUGUCUUGACUUGGAAAAGCGUAUUAUUAAAAUUUCUUUUUACAAAUAUCUUAGCAUUGCGUAGACGUCUGUCUACAUCGCUCUGAUGUAGCACAUGUCUACGCGACAACUAAAAUUACAUAUUUAU